AUGUGUGCGACGACUGUGCGGUAUUUUCUCACCCUGUGCGGCGUUUUCAUCGUCGUAGGGGAUGCGCAACUGCUGAGGAAGGAGGCCUAUGAGAGUGUGCCGCAACUGAUCACCGGAGCGGGGUACCCGACCGAGAGGCAUCGCGCAACUACUCCUGACGGGUACGUCCUGCAGAUGCACAGGAUACCAGCCGGGCGGCGGACUGCUCGAAGAACGGGCCCCCGGGCCAAGGGCAAGAAGGCCGUCCUGUUGGUGCACGGCCUGCUCGGCAGCAGCGGAGACUUCGUCAUAAUGGGCCCGGAGAGGAGCCUAGGGUAUAUAUUAGCAGAUGCCGGAUACGACGUGUGGCUGGGGAAUCUAAGAGGCAAUGAUUAUUCUACUCAUCUUAAUUUAACGAGGGACGAUUCCAGAUUUUGGCAGUUCAGUUUCCACGAGCACGGCAGGUAUGACAUACCGGCUCAGAUUGACAAGGUCUUGAGCGUUACCGGUCAGCCCAAGCUUCUGUACGUAGGGUACUCUAUGGGCACGACCAGUUUCUUCACGAUGAUGUCACAAAGACCAGAGUACAAUGACAAGGUGUUCGCGUUCGUGGCGCUGGCACCCGCCGUGUUCCUGGAUAAUGUGAGGCCGCUGGCGGAGCUCACGCUCAAGACUUGGAACUUGCCGAAAACUAUGCGUGCGCAAGGGAUGUUAUCGGUGACCUUCAGACCUGAGCUUCUAGAACUGGUGGUCAGCAGCCUGUGCCAGGUUAAACAACCGGAGCAAGACAUGUGCAUGCGACUGAUCUACGGCAUCGUUGGCGAGGACUACGAGCAGAACGACUGGGACAUGAUGUCUGUCAUAUUACGCAGAUUUCAACCAGCCUCGUGGAGGCAACUCGAGCAUUUUGGAAAAAUUGCCAUGACGGGUGUUUUCACGUCGUGGGAGGACGGUUUGUGGGGAGAUGUCAAAGCCUACAACCUUUCUAAUGUCAAAGUACCCGUCACUCUGUUGUACGGAGAAAAUGACCAGCUGACAGAGAAGACGCAAAUAAUGCGGCUAGCUGAGGAGUUGAAGAGCAGCGGUAUGCUGGAGGAAGUGCGGCCGGCCUGCAACUGGCCCAGGUUCAACCACUUGGACUUCGUGUUCGCGAAGGACGUGGGCGCGCUACUAAACCGGCCUCUCAUCAAGCAUAUCGACAACAUGUUCAAUAAAUAUGGACCCACC